UGGCAAUGAAAAGGAAAGAAUCGUUACAAUGUCAAAGAUUAGGGCUAUCCAGCUUGUGUUUGGGGAAAGUGACAGUUCUUGAUCUUGUUAGAUAGAUCUAGGGGCCAUGGACUCCGACCAUAUGGGAACUGAUUUCCUUUUUUACUUUGUCAGCGAGACAGACAAGUCCCAGGAUCGAGGGCUUGAACUUAUCCAGUUUCGACAGACCUAUGGCGCAUAGAACUGAGAUUCGGGAACUCAGGGUGUUUGUAGCUACAUGGAAUGUCGGAGGGAGAACACCGAACAACGAUUUAAACCUGGAAGACUUCUUGCUCGUGGAAGGAACCGCAGAUCUGUAUAUCUGUGGGUUUCAGGAAAUCGUUCCGCUGAGUGCAGGAAAUGUGUUAGUCGUUGAAGACAACGAGCCUGCUGCAAAAUGGUUAGCCCUAAUAAGUCAAGCUCUGAACAAACCGAACGAAGACACAAACUACUCGAAUGCCACUUUCUCCGGAUCAAGAAUCACAAACAAGAUCUAUAACAGCUGCAUGGAGGAGUCGAAAUCACCGAGCAGUCUUAGUUUCUUCCAGAGGCCAAAUCUGAAGGUCCUCA